UACACACCACACCGUGUCCUGGGACACCCCAGUCAGCGGCAUGGCUUCCCUGUGUCCCAGUCCCUGGCUCCCUCUGUUGAUCCCAGUCCCUAGUGUGCAGCUGCUGCUGUUACUGCUGCUCCUGAUGCCUGCCCAUCCCCAGAACCUGUCCUGGAUGCAGGGGGAUCCCUUUAUGGGAGGAGGUUCAUCUGGGGAAGACAAUCCACUGGGUCAGGAGGAUCUGCGCAGUGAAGAGGAUUCACCUGGAGAGGCAGAUCCACCUGGGGAGGAGGAUUCACCUGAAGUUACUUCUAAACCAGGAGAGGAUGACUUUCUGAAGUUAGAGGAUCUACCAACUGUUGAAGCUCCUGAGGAGAGUCAAGGUCACCAGAAUAAAGCUCCCAGGGAACAAAAAGGGCAUGGCCACAGUCAUUGGCGCUACGGAGGCAACCCGCCCUGGCCCCAGGUGUCCCCAGCCUGUGCAGGCCGCUUUCAGUCCCCUAUAGAUAUCCGCCCGGAACUCACCGCGUUCAGUGGAGCCCUGCGACCCCCACAACUCCAGGGCUUUGCGCUACCGCCACGUCCGGAACUGCGCCUGCGCAACAAUGGCCAUACCGUGCAGCUGACUCUGCCUCCCGGGCUAGAGAUGGCCCUGGGUCCUGGGCGGGAGUACAGAGCCCUGCAGUUGCAUCUGCACUGGGGGACUUCAGAUCGCCCGGGCUCAGAGCACUCUGUUGAUGGCCACCAUUUCCCUGCCGAGAUCCACGUGGUUCACCUCAGCACUGCUUUUUCGGGAGUUGAUGAGGCCUUGGGGCGCCCGGGAGGCCUGGCGGUAUUGGCUGCCUUCCUGCAGGAGGGCCCAGAAGAAAACAACGCCUAUGAGCAGUUGCUGUCACAUUUGGAAGAAAUUGCUGAGGAAGACUCAGAGGUCUGGGUCCCAGGACUGGAUGUAACUGCUCUGCUGCCCUCUGACCUCAGCCUCUAUUUCCGAUAUGAAGGCUCUCUGACCACACCCCCUUGUGCCCAGGGGGUCAUCUGGACUGUGUUCAAUCAGACAGUGAGGCUGAGUGCUAAGCAGCUCCACAUCCUCUCCAGUUCCCUGUGGGGAUCUCAGGACUCUCGGCUACAGCUGAACUUCCGAGCCACGCAGCCUUUGAAUGGGCGAAUGAUUGAGGCCUCUUUCCCUGUUGGAGUGGAUAGUCACCCUGAGCCAGUGCACACGAAUUCCUGCCUUGCUGCUGGUGACAUCCUGGCUCUGGUUUUUGGCCUCCUCUUUGCUCUCACCAGCAUUGCCUUCCUUGUGCAGAUGGGGAGGCAUCACAGACACAGAAGUGGGACCAAAGAUGGUAUUAGCUACAGCCCAGCAGAGAUGGCAGAAACUGGAGCCUAGAGGCCUGGAACUUGGAAAAUGUGCAGGAAACCAGCCAAAGGAUUCUGGGGGGAGCUGGAAACUGUCGUAUUUUGCCCUCUGGACGAUUCCUUUUUAACUUCCAAAGAAUUUGUUUCUUCUUCUUUAACCCCUUAAGCCACUGAAACGGGAUCUUGUAGUAGGGAAGCAAGAUUGGACUCAACUUCCAGAUUUUUUUAAAAAAAUAAAUAUUUCUAACAAAAUGUGUAAGUCACCUU